AUGGAAAGUACACUUUUUUUCUUGCAAUUGCAAUUGUACAAGUUACAAAGUCUGAAACAAUUUUACAAAUUCCAAAAAAUCUAAACGAUCAAGAUAUCAAAAAUAUUUAAGUUUGAUCAAUUUCAGUUUUAUGGUCUGAUACACUGGACUUCAACACACAAAUAUGUGGAUUUAUAAAAAUUUAUAAAUAAAUAUGGAUGGCAUAUGAAAUUCAUAGAUAUAAGCGAUAACAUGCCUGAACAUCAUUAGUGUAUUUUAGAUUUCAACUCCAAUCAAGUAUUUCACAUCGAAGAACCAACCAAAGAAGACAUCUUCCUCAUCAUUGAUCCUCAAGGCAAGGUAAUCAGAGCAGAAAGACCUGAAUUUUACAUUCCCAAAAACCUAGAUUCAGUCUGUGAAGAAUUUGACGAUUUUAUAGAUACACACUCAUAUUGUUCUCAGAAAUUCAAAGCAAUCAAGUACAAGAAGAAAUCACUGAAGGAAUUACACAUCCAUUACUCAUCAUAUCAGCAAUAAUAAACCAUAAACAUCAAAACCUGCAUUAACAAAAUAUCAAAUAAUACAAUGUCAGAUAUUCUAAACAAGUGA